UCUCUCCAUAAAAGCGAUCUUAAGAAAUAAUUAAUGAAUUAAAAUUCAAUUAGUAAUGUAUCGAUCCACAACUUAGUCUUAAACGUGUCACUCCAACGAUGAAUUAACACUAAUUCUAUCUUAGGGUCUAAACUCACUUCUUUUAACCGAAAACUCCAUUCCCAAUUCUCUGCUCACAUCUUUCUCUUCUCACCCAUUAUUCAUGGAGGCUUCAGGGACACCUAGACGGCUGAAGGGACACACUGAUGCUGCUACUUUCUGCAUUGCUUCGCGCCAACGUCCUGGUGUCGUUUUCACUGCUGCCGAGGAUGGUUGCGUGUGCUUGUUUGACUUACGAUGUAAAGAUGUGCAACUUCUCAUGAAGUUCUCGAAUGACCCUAUAUCUUCAUUGUGUUUUAAAGAAGGGAAUGAAAACAUGAUCUACCUUUCCUCUGGGGCAGAAGUCAGAUGCUUUGAUGUACAAAUGGCUACAUUUGAGAAGCCCUUGGAGAACUACAAAUACAACAAAGAUGAAAUAAACCAGAUAUCUUGCAACUCAAAGUCUACAUUUCUUGCUGCUGCAGAUGAUAGUGGUGAUGUGAAGAUAAUUGACAUCCAACGGAAAUGCCCUUUCAAGACACUGAGAUCUGGUCAUGCUACUAUAUGUAGCAGUGCACAAUUUGUUCCUUGGAAGCCUUGGGAAGUUAUUACCGGUGGUCUGGAUUCCAAGAUGAUCAUGUGGGAUUUCUCCAAGGGACGUCCAUUCCUUGUGGUGGAUUUUGGGAACCAGGAAGAAAUAAGUGGAAAUACUGGACAGUUUUACAACCCAGCUUUUAUUCAUGCUAUAGCCGUUCCUGAAAUGGAUAUGUUGGACAAGUUAGGAAAGGCCUGUGCUGUUGCUAGAGGAGACGGGAUUAUCAGCUUACUUAAUUUAGAAGCAGAACUUGCUGCUGUUAAGCCAAAAGGUGCCUCUAAAACCCAAAAAAGUCUAGGCAGAACAAGUAGUGCUGCUUCCGUACCAGAUGUUAAGGCUGAGAACCAAAAUGAGGUGCAAAGGUUGCAUUUGGAUCACACACUUGGAGGCCAUUCGGCAGCAGCAUCAUGCGUGACAUUUUCAUCAUUUGGAGAGAAAGGGAAGUUCGUAAUCUCCGGAGGAAAUGAUAAAUCAGUGAAGAUCUGGGACUGGUCCCAGUGUCGUGAUGAAACAGAAACGAGUUCGAACAAUGCUGCUGUCUCCAGCAUCAAUUUGCCAAAAAAAGUUAAUUGGCUAUGCACUACCCCGACUGAUACAUCGAAUCUUGUUGUAUGUGACACAUCUAAAGUUGUUAAAGUAUAUACCAUUGCUUGAGUUUAACCGUUGGCAUCGAGUCAGUGGCAGUGAAUUGUAGACGAGAAAUGGGUUGCACACGUAUAGAAAGUUAUCUCUAAAGCUCGUGCUGCUUGAGUUUAGGAUAUCAUAGCUGCUAUAUAAGCAAGUUUUGAUCAACUAAUACCUGUGGACAACCGUGUGGCUGCCCGCUGCUGUCAUUUUCAUGAAACAAACGGGUAUUUUGCUUACAGCUAAUGCGGCCGUAGAGUUUGGAGGCCUUCAGCAGCUAUGCCAUGUACUUAAAGCGAGUCUUGGGCUCGUAGUCUGAUUGUAGUUCGUCCUUUGUAUCUUUUUUGCGAUUUAUUACAUAUAUUUUUGAUAUGUAAGGCACCUAAAAUGCCAAUCUCAUAUUUAGGUGAAGGUUUUCCAAAGCACUAUUUACACGAAACUUAUAUUAGCACAUAUAUUUUCUUAGAUUGUAGGUGAAAUAUUAUUUUUCUUUGCAAUAGUGAAAAUUGCUAAGAUUGUUAGUGUUUUUUAAUGAUUUUAUUUUAAAAUCACCAAGAAUAUUAAUGAUUUUACUUAAUUUAGAAACUUGGUUUCUUUUAUUCCUAUUUCACUAAAACAAGGAAACUAUAGGCACCUUUAAUUUACCUCCUAUGUAUAUUGAUUAGAUGAAUAAAGUUUUGUAAAUGUGU